AUGGUAGAAAUUCGUGAUGAAUUUGAAAAGCUUGACGACGGUAUUCGUAGAAGAAAGGAUUCUGUUCGUAAUCAAGAAAAGCUUCCAGAACUAGAAGCAACCAAAUGGGACCAAAAAGAAGAUGUAGAAAUUCGUAAUGAAUUUGAAAAGAUUGACGACGGUGGUAUUCGUAGAAGAAAGGAUUCUAUUCGUAAUCAAGAAAAGCUUCUCGAAUUAGAAGCUAUCAAAUGGGAUCAAAAAGAAGAUUUUACUACUUAUAUAACAAGAUUUUGCGGACUUGUUAAUGAUGCCGGACUGGAUGAUGCAUCUGAGCAACGCAAAGUAGAAUUAUUUUUGAAAUCACUUCCACCCAAUCUCAAUGAUAUUAUGCAAAAACAAAUCCAAAAACAAUUUAAGGUUCAUAAACCUCUUAAUCCAGACUUCCAACCUACUUUAGAGCAUUUAAUUACAAAUGCAACAAUUUAUAUUGACGAAAUCAGAAAUAAAACUUUAACCAAAUCACUCUGCUCGUUAAAUGAAGCUGUCCUUAAUAAUAAGGAGAUAGUGUUCCGUUAUAUAGUUAUGUCUUUGGUAAUUUUUAUAGUAUUUUUUGUUCCAUAUAUAUUUUUUGACAAACCAGAUGAUGACUCUAUUUUUCGAGAUUUUGCAAAAUCAACUGAGGAUAUAGUCUCGAAAAUCAAUGAAGCCGAUCUCCCAGGAUCAAACGAAAUCAUGAAACAUACAGUAGAAUGUAAAAGAACAGCAAAUCUAAUUGAAAGAGAUCCAGCUUUUAAAAAUACAGGUGCUGUAAUUGCCACUAAACUUCGAAAAUUUGGGGAAAGUGUUAUGGAAGCAGGAAAUGAUCUACAAAUAAUGUAUCGCAAGGGAUCUUAUGUCUUUGAAACCUUUAAAAUUGAAAUAAAAACCAUGAUGGAUAGAUUUGAUAUUCAAGAACCUAAUAAAGGCGAAUUCUUUAAAGAAAGAAUUAAUAAAAUGAUUUUAGUGGUUCAAGAUUUUAGUAAUAAAGUCAAGAAAGCAAAAGAUUCUAUUUUAGAUGCAGAGAAUAACCGAGAUGGCCUUGAGAAGGAACUUAUUAGUGGAAUUAGAGAAGCUGAAAAGUUUAUGGAAACAACAGGAUACUGGAAACCUGAUUCUGUUGAUUUGAGAAAAGCUGAAGAUGGAUUAGCUACAGUCAAUAACAUUUUACUCCAUCUUAGAGGAGCAGCUUAUCGAUUAGAUGAGAUAAUUAAAAACUUGAGAAGAUAUGAAAAUAGUUUAUUUGAUGUAAAUGCAGAAUUGGGAAGCAUUUUUAUUAUUACUAAACAUGAUUUUAAUUAUUUGUUAAAUUCUAUUGAUGUUUUGCAUCGUUAUCAUCGCCAAUUUAUGGCAAAAGAAAAUAAUUAA